GGUGUGACGUUAGUGCUCACAGCUGAUAUUUUUCAACAGAAAUAUUGUGUAAUUGUGACGUGAAUUGUGGCCUCAAUUCUCAAAAGUGAUAUUGUGAGAUUUAGCGUUUUUAAUUCAAGCGUAAUAUUAUGGAUAGAAAAGAGAGUAAGAAAUUCAAAAAGGAAAAAUCUGUAAAAUGUUCUUCUAAAAAGGAAGGACCUUUGUAUAUCACAGAUGUAAAAAGUUUUAAAGAAAAUAUCAAAAUAAAAGAAAUCCUGAGAAAUGUUAAAAUGAAUAGCAGUAUGCGUCUUAAAGCGCCUCCGGGUAGUAAAGUUAUGAGUAAUACUGACUUUAAUUACGAGGACUCCUUUGAAGAAUCUUCAGUAGCUCAAAACUCUACGGAAAUAUUAAGCGCAACGAACACAGAUGUUGUGGUUUCUAAUGUUGAACCAAAUGAAAGCAAAGCAGAUAAUAAUUAUACCAGUGAAGCUAGCCAAGAAAGUGAUACUGCAAAUGAAAGUAAUGCCGUCGUAGGAGAAAAUAAUCAUUCGUGCAACCAUAUAAGUACUAUAGAACCGCUUAGUACAGGAGAUCCCACCUUACAAACUAACUGUGAUAAUAUCCAAAGUGAUAAUGAAAAUGUAAAUUCUAAUUUAAAUAAUAGGUUACCUAAUGGAAAAAUGUAUGAGAAAACUCGAGACAGAAAAUUGUCUUUAGACCAAACCAUAUUAUCAAGGCGGGAAGGUCUUUCGCAAUCAGAGCUAGACUUGCAUUCCAUAGGAAAGUCACCCCUUGAGCGAAAAUCUUCCUUUUUUAAGAAAACGAUGGACAGUUUUGUGAAAAACACUACUGAAAUGUUUAAAAAGCAGAAUAAAUCAUUGCAGCGUCAUGUUUCGAUGUCUGUUUCUCUGCAAUCAUUGAACGACAAAUCAACAAAUCCAAAUGAUUAUCGUGAAGUACCCAUUCAAGAAGUUAAAGAUGCUUCGGAUGAGACUAGAACACAUCUGCAAAUGCCACCUCACAUAGCACGAAGUCAUUCUAGCUUGUCUAGUGUGAUGCAACGCCCUUCCUCGGAGCAGAGUGUCGCUGAAAUUUACUCAGGAAGCCAGCCGAGUCUAGAAAACCCACAUUCUUGUAGUUCACAUAGUCUGAACGAAGCUUACUUAAAAGCCACCUUGCCUGCUCGCGCCAUUUCUAUGAGCUCAGGUCUAAAUUCACCGCUAGGCCAUCCACACAGGAAAGCACCCCGUUCCAACAGGGUGACUUGGUUGGCAAGCGAAGGUUUGACUAACUAUUUACGGCGUUUAGUCCAGGAUGAAAAGGGUAAAGAGAUGCAAUCUUGUCAGUCCUAUCAGGAUUUCUCGUGUAUUCCCGAAAACGAAAAAUACAGUCGAAAGUGCGACACUAAGGGCAGAAGGUUAUCUUAUCAACGAGCUGUUUCGGGGGAAGAUCCAGUGACGCCGAUGAGGCAACAUCCAGAUACAACGAUGAAAAGAAAAGAUCAGAUCCCGGAGAUGUGUGAGACUCGUGAGAUCUCCGAGUUUUUGAAUGAAUUUAGUGAGCACGGAGUACCUCCGCUGCAGGGGUUUGAUUUGGCCCCUAUACCGGAAGUAGCGAAAACGAACAUAAUAUGGGCCAGCGGACCAAAGGCAUUUCAAGAUUAUUUGGUUGGUAAAUUUUUUUCUCCCACCGAGCAAGCAAGGAUAGAGGUUGUGAAGGAACUGGUGAGGACAGAAGCUGAACAUAUUAACCAUCUGACGACGAUGAUAGAGGUUUUCGUCGCUGCAGCGCAUGCCCUUCAAAGUAGCGGCAAAAUGCUGAACAUUAACCCGAAAAAGUUAUUUGCCAACAUCUCUGACGUGCUUAACGCCAGCUUAUGCUUCUGGAAUGUAACUUUCCUCCCCAUGAUCCUGAAAGCGGUCGAGCAUCAACGGCCGUUCAACACAGAUCUAAUGUACGAAGGAUUUAGCCGGUUUAAUAACAUACUUUCUCCAUAUGAGCUGUAUCUUAUGGAGCAAAACAACAUUCUCGAAUAUUACAAAUCCAAGAAAAAAGACCCUGAAUUUUCAUUGUACCUGUCCUGGUGUUAUAAUCACCGUGAUAGCAACAGGCUUCACCUGAACGAUUUCCUGGCAAAGCCAUUACAAAGAUUGACUAGAUACAGCUUAUUGUUGAAAAGAAUUAGAGAUCAUACACCAGCACCAGAAAGUAUUAUGCUCAAGGGCAUGGAAAACUACGUUAAAAAGUACCUCACAAAGGUUAAUAUGUCGGUGAGGAAGAAUGAAGAAUGCCAUAAAAUUAAAAAGUUGCAGUCGUCACUGGAUUUUCACGACAGCAACUUCAGAGAUGAUGAACUAGAUCGGGUGUUCAAAUUGUAUGCGACCAUCAAUUUGACAAGACCCAUGCUCUUCUGUCGCCCGAACCAUAGCCGCAGCCUGAUCUACGAAGCCAAUAUGCGAUUCCGUGACGGCACGAAGGAGAUUGAGGUGCGGGCAAUUUUGCUAACCGACAUCCUCUUAAUUUGCAAAGUGCAGAUAGUCAAAAGAUCUUAUAGGUGUAAAUUAAUAAGGCCUAUUUACAUGAUCGAUAAAUUGCUGCAGAUGCCCAAAAUUACCAAGAAUACUAUGACAGCACUUAAUUAUAUGUAUGUAGAUGACUUAGGUUCAUCUUCUACAUGUUUUGUGCUGACAGAAUCAGCUAAAGAUGCAGACCCAAACAGAGACACAUUAAAGAUAUGGGAAAACAAGAUGAAGGAGGCUAAACUCUGCUACGAAUUAUUGAUUUGGGCCGCUGUUAAUCCACGAAAAGUUGUAUCACAGGCGGAAAUUAACCGUAUGGUUGACUUUUUACAAAUAAGAGCCAGAGAUGAUGCAGAGGAGACAUUCAUUGAACGCGAGGCCAAAAUAAGAAUGGCAGCCAUCAUUCACGAAAGCUACGGGGGUAAAGAGUAUGACCCACGUAAAUAUAUAUCAGAUGCCACCUCAGAAGUUGUUAUUGGCGUUGCUGCCAGGUUGCCUCGUCUGCACCAACGGAAUCACAUAAUUGUCCAUAGGACAAUUCCAGCAUGGUACUUUAACCUACCAAAAUCGGAAGAAGAUACCGAUGUUAGCCCUGACAUGGAGGAACCGAAUUCGCAAUGCGGAAUCUCAUUUUUACGUUUACCAACGACGUCAUCUGAUGAUCGGCUGUCGGCUGUAUCAAUAGCAGUGGAAGAGGCUGAGGUCCAGGGCAGUGGGGGUGAGGCCGGUGAUGAUGAAGCCAGCGGCAGUGAUGCCCAAAACGGUCAGAUCGGCGGCAGUGUGGCCGGCAGCAGUGCGACCCGCGAGACUGACACCGGUCAUCUGGAAGCGGGAAGGGUUCAGAUGUAUCACUCUGUUGCUACACUCAUGUACAGCAUACCCAACCUCACUGUCUCGCCCAGUACACCGAAAUCCUCGGCACGUAUUGAAACUUUCUCCUACCCAGACAUAACACUCAGUGAAAUGGAUCGUAAAAGAAGACUAUCCAUUGGUAAAACAGGAGAUACGCUGUCUACCGGCCAUCAGGAAAAGGCUGAGAGAGGAGGCAGUCCACAGCCCGGUCCGAGCAGGGAACAUUAAAAAGCCAUCAAACGUUACCAACCAAGGCGCAGGAUUGGAGUUUGAACGUGUACCCGACCGCUGACGACCAACGGAUAGCUUUGUUAUGUUUAUUUAUCGCAACGCAGCCGCCAGUAUUAAUAUAAGGGUUCCGACCGAACGCCGAAGGGUCCACUCGCCGCUUCGUCGGAUUCUUCACAAAUCGUCUCAAAAUUCGCGUCUUCAUCAUCGGGACAGGAUCGCAGCGAGUUCCGCGAGAACUCCGUGCAGCGCAGAAAUUUCUAGCCAAGAAAGUAUCGUCACCCCGAAACAUUCUCCACUAAGCGCACAUGCCACUCAGCCUGCGAGAAAAUCCCGCAACGCGAGCAUCGAAAGAAUACCAGCCAUUCCGCACUCACGGACCCUCAUACCGAUAGGGUUCAACUCACCAGAAAGUAAGUCUUGCAGCGUCUCAGUAACAACUUUUUGCAUCCUAUAUUCGACGAGGAUACUAUGUGCUUAAAAUCUCCAAAUUUGCGCACCAGAUGGAAUGGUCCAUACGAGUUGGCCACCGGAAAUUAUAUUACUUAUGGGAUUGAACGACAGCCAUGAGGAUCAUUUAAAGUGGUACACAUCGACGACGAUUAAGAAGUCGCAGUAUUGAAAGAACCUUGUGAUCUUUUAACAAUAUGCCAGGGAAUAUUAUUAUAGGCUUAGCCGUAUAAUAAUUUUUAUGGCUUAGUAUUGUAGGUCGAUCUCAGUAUCCUGCUUUGCGGUACUCCAUGAGUAUACCAUCUCAUCACGACUACAUUACAAUCUUAGCCUAACGCAAUGAUAUCGAUCUGAUAAAUAUUCGUUUAAGAAGGAGGCCUCAGUGACCAAGGCUUAUUAAGAGGUAAUAUAUUUAAUAACGAUAUAGUUUCAAAUACCUUAGCCAAAUCCAUUAAUCAGAUCAGUAGUGAUGCAGUUGGUUAAGGAAUGCCGACAUGACGUGAUCGAGUGGAUUUUUUUGGAAUUUAUAGUUUGUCUGAAUUUAGAUAAUUUAUAUGUAGAUUAUAAAGGCUGUUGCUCGUGGCUUCAUCUGCUUUUUUAUUUUACCGGGCUAGGCCUACGUGUUAAUCUAGGAUUUCAUGUAUCUCCAUUUUAAAUUUUAAUCAAAUUGAUGAAAUUAGUAGAAAUAUAAUAAUGU